AUGAGCCCCGACGCCAUCACCGACGUGGACGUCGUCAUCAUCGGGGCAGGCAUCUCCGGCCUCAACGCCGCGUACCGGCUGCAGACCGACGGGCCGCCCAACACGUCGUACACGGUGCUCGAGGAGCGAGCCGCUCUCGGUGGCACGUGGGACCUCUGGCGGUACCCCGGCAUCCGGUCCGACUCGGACAUCUUCACCUUCAGCUUCGCCUGGAACCCGUGGCCCGGCGACGCGACCCUCGCCUCGGGCCAGGAGAUCCAGGACUACAUGGUCGACUCGGCCCACCGCGCCGGCCUCCAUCGCCACAUCCGCUACCGCCACAAGGUCACCCGCGCAGACUGGGACUCGGCCCUCGCCCGCUGGCACGUCUCGGCCGCCGCGGACGGCGUCGGCGGCGUCGGCGGCGUCGUCGUCUUCCGCAGCCGCUUCGUCUUCCUCGGCACCGGCUACUACGACUACGAGACGCCGCUGCAGUCCAGCAUCCCCGGGCUCGACAGCUUCCGGGGCACCGUCAUCCGGCCGCAGUUCUGGCCCGCGAGUUACGACUACACCGACCGCGACAUGGUCAUCAUCGGCAGCGGCGCCACCGCCGUCUCCAUCCUGCCGGCCGUCGCGGAGCGCGUCAGGCAUGUGACCAUGCUGCAGCGGAGCCCAACCUACUACCUCUCCGUCUCCCGGCGCGGCCGCGUCAGCCGCGCGCUGAUGUCCGUCCUGCCCGCCGGCCUGGCCCGCCGCAUGAACCGCUACGGCUUCCUGCUCCGCGACUACCUGUUCAUCGGCGCGUGCAGGCGGUUCCCCCGGCUCAUGAGGCGCCUCCUCGAGCACCUCGCGGUCCGGCAGCUCCCCGACGACGGCACGCGGUGGGAGCGGCAUUUCAGCCCGCGCUACAACCCGUGGGAGCAGAGGCUCUGCGCCGUCAUGGACAACGACUUGUUCAAGGCCCUCCGCUCCGGCAAGGCCAGCGUGGUGACGGGCUGCAUCGACGCCGUCACCGAGCACGGCAUCAGGCUCGUCACCGGCGAGACUCUGCCCGCCGACGUGAUUGUGGCGGCGACGGGCCUGCAGCUGCGGUUCGGGGGCGGCAUCCGCUUCUCCGUGGACGGCGAGCCGAUUGACCCCGUGCGCAGGUUCGUGUGGAAGGCGUGCAUGCUGCAGGACGUGCCCAACCUCGUCUUCUCGUUCGGGUACGAGAAUAUGGCGUGGACGCUGGGGGCCGACUGCGCGGCAGAGGUGCUGCUGCGGCUCAUAAGGGACUUGGACGAGGCCGGAUCCCAGACGGCCGUGCCGCGCCUGGGGGCGGACAAGGCUGGAAUGACGCCCAAGCCCCCGUUUGGCUUGUCGUCGACGUAUCUGAGGCACAUGACGAGGGUGUUUCCGUGGGCGGGCGACGGCGAGUGGCGGCCCCGAUCGCAUUACGUGGCGGAUUUCUGGAACGCAAAAUGGGGGCCGGCGAAAGAGCUGACGAUGGAGUAA